AUGAGCACCGACAGCAUCUCCGAUUUCCUUGCGGAGCAACGAGACGCAGCUCCAGAAGAGCUCCAGCCUCUUAUCCUCAACUUUGAGGACUACUGGGAGCGCAAGUUAUGGCACCAACUCACAGACGCCCUCGUCGAAUUCUUCAACGAUGACGGCAGCGCCGCCCAGCGCUUGGCCUUCUACAAUGUCUUCAUCCUCAAGUUCGCCGAUAAAAUCAACAAAUUGAAGCUGGUGAUGUUGGCCCUCAAAGCUGCAACACAGUGCAAAGAUGACCGUGACCGUUUGGCUUUCCUGCAGUCCGUAGUUAAGAAGGUGGACACAGAGGAUUCCCAAGAUGCGCUUGUGUUUGCUUCUGUUGCAGUGGCCAGGGUGAAACUAAGCCUUGGCGAGCUGGAGGACGCGAAACAAGAUCUAGACGCUGCGGAGAAAAUACUAGACUCAUUCGACUCUGUUGAGGCAGUCGUACAUGCGGCGUUUUACGACGCCAGUGCCAACUACUAUCAGCGAAAGAUGGACUUUGCAAACUACUACCGAACUGCUCUCCUCUAUCUUGCCUGUAUCGACCUGUCAUCGCUCUCUGACGAGGAACGACAUCGAAGAGCCUACUACCUAAGCGUUGCUGCUCUAGUCUCUACUAGUAUCUAUAAUUUCGGCGAGCUUCUACUCCACCCCAUUCUGGACACCCUGGGUCGGAGUGAGGAUGACGCUUGGUUGCGUGACCUUCUCUUUGCCUACAACCGGGGAGAUCUUGCUGCCUACGACCUUCUUUCAGAUAACAUUGCAUCUAACAAGCUGUUAAACGACAACUCGGACAGCCUCCGACAGAAGAUAUACUUAGCAGCUUUGACGGAGGCUGUAUUUCGCAGACCACCGCAUGACAGAACCAUGACCUUUGCUACUAUUUCUCAAGAGACCAAAGUUCAACCUCAAGAAAUUGAGCACUUGGUGAUGAAGGCUUUGAGCCUGGGCCUUCUGCGCGGAACAAUCGACCAAGUAGGUCAGAUUGCACACAUUACUUGGGUGCAACCAAAGGUACUCGACAUGAAGCAGAUCGAGAGUAUGCGUCAACGGCUCCUUGAGUGGGAUUCAAACGUCAAUCAGCUGGGGAACUGGAUUGAGGCCGCAGGCCAUGAUGUUUGGGCAGCAUAA